AUGAAUGGCACCACUACAGCUUUAAUAACGUUAGAAGGCAAACUAGAUAGUACAAAAACACGUAAAGGCGUAAUAUACCAAGAAAGUGGUAACGUCUGGAUAAAUAUCAUAGUCGCAUUAAUCAAAAUCUUCGCCAGGUACGACUUAGCAGCAUUUAAUCUAGAAGAUAACGAAAUACACUUACAAGAAGAAAUCACCUGCCCAUUUCUAAUAGGAUAUUGCAUGGACUCAACAAUUUACAAACCAAUAACAUGCAAAGAUCGGCUAAGUCAGUUAUACAAAGGAAAUUCAGAUAUGGUAACAAAUAAAGCCACAAGGGAAGAAGGCAUAGUAGUAGAAGACAUGAAAAUAUGUUCACUAACAAUUCAAAAACAAAAUAGCAAGUCUGGCAGACAGAAUAUCCAAGAAUAA